UAUGUAUACGUAUUCAGUCAUUCCCAAAUUGUUUUUCUUUCAAACUCCAAAAAUUUGGAGCAUUAAAAUGUCAAAAAUUAUAAUAUACUGAUUAAUUUGAGGUUAACUAAUUAUCAAAAUUUUUUAAUAAUUCAAACUCAAUAUUUACAAAAAUUAUUCCAUCAUUAUUGCACUAUAAACUCAACGUAUUAUUCACGCAGUUUUAUAAUCAUGACUUACAUAUCCGGUGAUGGAUGUUUACUCCAAAAUGAGCCUUGGAGUAUCAGAAAAGUAUUUGGAUUCUUUACGAAUUUGAUAUUUGGAAUCGUUAUGUUUUUUUAUACAUUAAUAAAUCCUGGCACAACUAAAUAUGGCAACGGAUACACAAGAAAUUAUCGUCCAGGGUCAGGACCACCACGUCCACCAUCAAAGAAACUAGGUCGUUUAGAUCUUAAACCUUCUAUGAAUAUGCCUGGAGGAUGCAGUAGUUGCGCAAGACAAUAACACAAUUUUUUAAUACAAAUUUCGAAUUAUUUCUAUUAACAUGUAUCUUUUGGGUGUUUCAGAAUUAAAUUAAUAAUUAAAAAUUCAAAUUACUUAGUAUAAAGAUGAA